AUGCACACGGAAGGAGACGGAGAAAUUUUCGUAGAUGCUACGAAUUUGCAAAUCGCUCGGGUGGCAAUUAAACCGCCGCCAUUUUGGAAGCCCGAUGUUCGGCUAUGGUUUCAGCAGGUUGAAGCCCAAUUUAUUCGCUCAAAUAUUACGACAGAUGAGACUAAGUUUUAUACGUUAGUCGCAGAAAUUGAUUCCUCAGUGCUAAAGCAUGCAGCAGAUAUUAUCCAAAGGCCUCCGGCAGGCAAUAAGUACAACGCACUGAAGGAGCGCCUAAUUAAGGAAUUCAGCGAAUCGAAGGAAGUACGUAUGAAGCGUUUGCUGAGCGGUAACACAAUAGAUGGUAGGAAGCCGACAACUUUCCUUCGGGAAUUGCGAGACUUGGCAGAUGGUCACUUAGACGAGGCGGUGCUUAAGUCGCUGUGGCUGCGUCAACUUCCAAGGAACGUGCAACAAAUUUUGGAAACUGUAACUGGAGAGCUGGACAGCUUAGCGGAGAAGGCAGACAAUAUUAUGGCGGUCGCUGAUGACUCUGGCAUUAAUGUUGUUAGUGGUGAUGUAGGCGCAGUCGCAUCUUUGCAAGGCACAAUCAUGGAAUUGAACAAGCGAUUGGAGCGUUUAGAACUGGGUGUGUCAAAACCAGUUAUUCGCGCUACAAACCGUCAGCGUAGCUAUUCGCCUCGUGCGCGCUCUCGUAGUGUAAGAUCACCAUCGGGCGAGUUGUGCUGGUAUCAUCGCAGAUUCGGUGCCCGUGCCACCAGGUGCAAAUCACCUUGUAAUUUUCGACCUGAAGCGCAGGAAAACUACUUGGCCCGUCCUUUCCGGCGACUAAUCAAAGGAUAG